CAAAUGCAAAUGCAAAAGCGCUCUCUCUCCUCCCUCGAUUUUUCCCCUGUGAAGUAGUUGCUUUCCCUCGGUUUGUUGCUCCCGCAUUGGAUUGUCUCAGUUUCUUUCACAAUUUUCUCUCCAUUUUCGGUCUCGUGCAACCCCAUUGUUUCCAGCCCAAAAUCUGAAAUCACUUCGCCUGUUUCCUUCGCACGAAAGCCACUCAAGCCAUCUGGUCCAGAUCUCUGCCCUAGAGUGUCUGUUUCCUUUGCACAAAAGCCAUUCCCGUCAUUUCUCGUCGACGCAGCACCACUCAAGGCAAAGAGAAGCCAUUGAAGCUGCUCAGAGAUGGAGGCGCCUUGAUGCAGCCGGGGCCCAACUCAAGGUCCCUCGCAGCAGCACCACUUCGUCGCAUCAGCAGCAGCACAUCCUGCCGUGAGUUUGGAAAAAUAGUUUUUCACAGAAAAGAAUCUUUUUUUGCCCCUGCAAGUUUUAUUAGAUGGGUAAGGAGGAAAGCCCACGAGUUACCAGAAGAACAACAAGGUCUUCCUGUUCUACUCCUGUUGCCAACAAUGUGGUUGAAACAACGAAAACAAGUGAUGAACCUCUCAAGACCAAUGACCUUGUGUUUGGAGAGGACCCCAUUAGCUUGGAUGAUCUAUUAUCUAGCUUUCCAAGUAGACGUGCUCAGAUUCUUGAGCUUGUGCGCCUUUUGGGUCCCUCUAAUUCUCCCAUGCUUCCUCUGUUUAUUUAUGGAGGUGCUUCUACUGGGAAAACCAGUAUCAUUCUACAGACGUUCAGGCAUCUCAACCGCUCCUUUGUUUAUUCAAGUUGUCUUACUUGUUAUAGUCCUCGUAUCCUGUUUGAAUCUAUUUUGAGUCAACUGAUGCUUCAUAGAAAAAAUGCAAUGAAUGGUUAUUCAAGUGUAAAGCGCUGUGAAAAGCCCGCUGAUUUUGUUAAUUUUCUCCGUGAAGCCUUGAGUAAUGUCAUAAAUAAUCUUAUGGGGAACUCAGGAAAAUUGAACACCAAAAGAUUGGUUGGACAAGCUCAUGGAAAUACAGUCUACCUAAUAUUUGACAAUUUGGAGCUUGUUAGAGCGUGGGAUAAAAGUUCCACCAUAUUACCUUUUCUGUUCAAUCUGUACGAUGUUCUGAAGAUGCCUGAGUUGGGUCUAAUCUUUGUGAGUAACACGUCGCCUGAUACAUAUUACUCAAGUAUGGGUUACAUAGAACCUGUGCCUGUUUAUUUUCCCGAUUACACAGAAGAUGAUCUUCGUCAAAUAUUCAUGAGAAACCAAGCAAACCGGAAGGUUUAUUCAUCCUUUCUUGAUGUUGUACUAAGGCCUUUCUGCAGAAUUACUAGAAGGGUGGAUGAAUUAUCUACUGCCUUUGCACCAUUAUUUGCAAAAUAUUGUGAACCUUUAAGUGACUUGGGAGUUGUUCCCAGAGAAGAACUGAAGAGAAGAUUGUUUAGUCAUCUUCAACCACAUAUUGCUCCUUCUCUGAAUGAGGUAUUUAAGAUUUCAUCUCAGCCUUCCCCUGAAGCUGAAUCCAACAAGGAGAUGAAGCAGAAGGGCAGCAGGAGAAGAUUUGCAGGAUGUGAAGAAAUUGAUGAGUUAGAUUUUCACAUGUCAACUUCUGCAAAAUAUCUCCUUAUAUCAGCAUUUCUUGCAUCAAGAAACCCAGCUACCCUUGACGCCUCACUUUUUGAUUCAAUGGGUGGUUUUGACAGCCGAAAACGAAAGAGGAAGCCCUCUCAAAAGUCACUGGAGCAAAAGGAAACUGCAGAACAGGAAUCACUGAUGAAGGGACCAGGAACUUUUCCGUUGGAGAGGUUAUUAGCCAUAUUUCAGUGUAUCACAUCUGUAGCAGAAGGUUCAAUCGACGAAGAGGAGCAAGAAAAUGAAGGGUUAGGAGUUCAACGUGGGGAUGGUGGACUCAUGUCUGAUGUUCUGUUGCAACUAUCCAGUCUCUGCAAUGCUAAUUUUAUCAUUAAAGGAGGAAGCUGCCCAUUGGAGGGUUCAACUCGAUAUCGAUCAACGGUGUCUGAAGAAAUGGUUCUCAAGGUGGCAAGGAGUCUUAAGUUCCCUUUGUCGAAGUAUUUGUAUAGAAGAUAAUAAUCUGUGAUGUGCAAGCUACUUGUAACAUGGUCAUGAACUAAAAAAUAUCUUCCAUAGAAAGUUUCUGAAGAAAAAGCUCAGAUGCUUAUAAUCUCUAGCACAGCCUCUGCAAUGGUGAUCAUCAUCAUGAGAGUGUUGAAUGGACGACACAAAAUAACUGGUUUUGAGUGGACAUAUAUACGGACUGAUUAUUGUUGUCCAUUGGAUGGAUGAAGUCAGCAGUCAUUACUUUGGGACUGGAAAAUAAAAGGUCAGGUAGCUAACUAA